GAGAGAAGAUGUUAGCUGCUUACCCUAGUAUCGAGAGGGAAGGGAAACAUAAAUGGAGCCAGUAUGCGAAAGCACUCAGUCAAAGUAUACGCACAGAGCGUUUUAGACGUAAAAGAAAAAGCCUUCCUGUAACUCAAGAACAACAGCUGCCCCCUAAAAGAUUCACCAUGGGGAAGCACACAGUUAAAGACGCCAGCAGUGCUCUUCCAGAAGAAGAGUUUGAAAAGCAUGUUCUUGAAAUCCAGAAGGUUUGGAAUACUUCAGCAAGCAGUAGCUCACAUGUAGAUAUGCUGCUUAGGGAAUCCUACUGCAACAGAAGACAAUGGUUGCCAUAUCUACCAAAUGGAAAAUUGGCACCAAUACUGGAGAAAUUCCCAUGUUUUCAAGAGUCAAGCUAUGUACUGCGUGAAGUGGAACGCAUGUUGCUAUGUGAAAUAUCAACAUGGAAAGACAGAUUGGAGAAAAUUGUAGAGACUCUGAGUGAUCAAGUACCUUCUAGUACACGUAACAAUGAUGGAAGUGUUUAUUUUCUUGUAAAUGUGUCAGUUUAUUGGGUACGUGACUAUACACUUGCCCCAUCUGGCAUGUUUUCUAUAUAAGAAUGCAUUUACGAGAAUUUUUUUUUUUAAAGUUUAUCACACACACACACACACACA